AUGCUCACAGAUAUCCCCCUCAUCCCGUUCUUUCUCGCAGCUGGCCUCGGACUCCAAGGCCUUCGCACACGCUCGCUCUCCCCCUCGGGCGCGCUCGCCGCCUUCGUUGUGGGCUUCACCAUGAUGGCGGUUCCUCUACGCGUGUUCGGUGUCUCGCUGAUCGUAUUUUAUCUAGUCGGCUCGCGCGCAACAAAGAUCGGGAAGCAGCUGAAGGCGACGCUCGAAGACGGGCACCAGGAAGCGGGGUACAGGUCCGCAGCGCAGGUGCUAUGCAACUCGCUUUCUGCACUUGUCGCGAGUAUCCUCUGGAGCGCGUUCUUUGUGCCCAAUUCACUUGCAUCAUCUGUUCUGGCGGGUGCGUUUGAACCUCAGAAGUCGUACGAUUUCGCACAGUGGUGUCCAUUGACACCUCCUGAGAGUGCUGCAUGGAGCCGCCCGCUGCUCUUCGUAACUCUGGGCCAUUUCGCGUGCUGCCUGGGUGACACUCUCGCCUCCGAGCUUGGCAUCCUGUCCCGCUCGCCCCCAAUACUCAUCACGACGUUAAAGCCCGUGCCACCAGGGACGAACGGCGGGAUGUCUGUGACAGGCACGCUCGCAUCUCUCGGUGGUGGACUUAUAAUGGGAUUGACCGUCGCCGUCUCUCUGCUCGUGGAAAGCAGCGCGUGCAGGGUCCAAUGGGUAGACGUUCUGCUGCCCCUACUGGCGUGGGGGACUGCGGCAGGUGGAAUGGGAUCACUGCUGGACUCGCUCAUGGGUGCCACUAUCCAACGCACGCGGUAUUCUGCCGCAACGAAGCGUAUCCUGACAGACGAGUCGCCCGCGCCAGCGGUAGAUGCGGAGAUCAAGGUCGUGAGUGGGUUUGAUAUCCUCAGCAACAACCAGGUGAAUUUGUUGUCCUCUAUCGUCACCGCAGUCACGCUUGGUGUUCUCACCAAAACUUGA